AUGGACUGUCAAACUGGAGCCCGGGCGGCCGAAUCAGACGGCCGUGCUCAGCUGUUUGAGAGGCUGGCUGCCCGUGACGCAGCUCGAAAGGCCGAACUCCUCCAAAAGCGUCGGGAACGUCAACGGCAAAUCGGUGAAACGUCUAAUCGCGAGAUCACCCUACCGCCUCUAAACUUUCCAUCAACCGCCUCCACAACAGUCCUUGAUGGCGCCGCCACCGGUGUACAUUUCGUGGCGAACACACCUGCUAACUUCCUGGAGAAUUUAAGUCGCGCCAAAAGUGAUGUGCUUUAUCGACUCAACGAACUGGGCGCAGCGGACAGCCGGGGCGAUAUCCAACUGCCCACCCCUGAGAAAACAAAAGUUGGUCCGAUAUGCGUCUCAUAUUUGUGGAUAUUAUGGCUACUUUUUUCCUUUAAGUAGGUAGUGUAAUGUUGCCUCAACUGGGUGCUCACUUCUGUUCGUUUGCAGGCCCUAGAUGAAAUCCUCUCGCAGAUUGAAGAGUUGCAGCGCUGGUUCUCUGAAUCGUCCGCCCAUCUCAAGCCGUUCCACACUGAACAAGCAAGGUUAGAAUUGGACGUAAGUUCUCUUUAGGGAGGUGCUUUCCUGUCUUCUCUCAUUAAAGUGGACGGAACUCAGGGUGAUUGCACUUAAACAAAACCUACGCAUCACUAAGGAGUUGGUUUAAUUAAACCUUAGUUAUCUCACUUGAAAAUCGAUGGCAGUGAGAAAAUCAAUGCCGACAAGGGACAGGGGUUUCUAGUUGUAAGGGACAUAGACUUGGUUGUGUCCGACUUGAAGUCGUUCGAAUUAACCUUACCGUUGAUUAUUGUGUCUGAAGAUGGUGGUCGCUUUUUAAAUAACCCCAUUUUUUACCUGCCUAUAGAUUAUAUUUUGUCUUGGGAUCUGUCACAAUUGGGUUAUACCAAGCUACAAAAAAUGUCUAUGAGUACUAUUUAUCUUUUCACCACUUUGUCCUAUCGCACGCCUCUCUGGUUUCGUUUUGCCCGCCAGUUCAUCGCGUUCUACUUAAUCUGUGUGAUUCUACGGGUCAUCGAACGGUUUCCAUUCAUAGGUCGAUCCGUUUAGUGGAGGAAAACAAAGGCGAAACGUAUUUUUCAGCGAUCGAGUCUCGGUCUGUCGGUCUGCCGUGUUUAUUUUCAUAGGCGAUCCCGUAAAGCCACCCAACCGAUAAUGCUAACUUAAUAUCAAGUGCCUUAGUGAACACGUUUUUGACCAUACCAACAAAAAAUAAAAGUCUGUCUCCCAAUGGCUUAUCGCCGCGAGACACUUGGGCGUGACCGUCUUCAUCGCUCCUAAUCUGCUUUUUCUGUUAAAAGGCAUAGGGGGAGACUAAGGUCAUAAUAAGGACGAUCUUUGUAGUACAAUAUCUCAGUGCGGAAAGCUUGAUAGUCCUUUAAACGGGCCACACAGUAAGUGCACUGAAUCAACAUGGGAUCUGAGCCGACCCCCUUUUUGUGUAAAAGUCUGGUCAGUUGUACGUUGUAGACCAGGGGGUGUAAAUUUUCGGCGUGCCGGCUACAUGUGCCCUCACUCGCCCCCGGUCUUCUUGAUUCCGUCUUGACACCCGGACCUGGACGGGGUGCAGUAGAUGCUGUGUAAGUCCACAUCCACUGUAAGCUAGUUCACGCAAAAGUCACCGUUCCUACUCCGCCUUGGUAUGGAGCACACAAUGGACAUCGUCGGAAACAACGGUUGGGCUGGAUAAGAGAGAUUUACGUGACCUUUUUAUGUAUCUUAAUUGCAGGAGCUAAAGUCCAAGUUUCAGGAAGCUCGGGAAGCCCUCUUUCCAAAGAAAAAGUUCGCGUUUGGCGCAAAAGCUUCUAGAGCCAACCGGAAGGCUCCAACGGUGGGCAGUCCCCGCAAUUCCACUCAAAAAACUACCUCGGAACAGCAUCAGCAACGAACCCAGCUUUCUGAGCCUCCGCCGAAGUACAGUUUCUCCAAUCUCUCUGACUGCCAUAACUUGCGACUACCAGCACGUGGCGAGCCCGAGGAUGCGCUGCUGGGCCAGUCCAUCUACCUCUCCAACCUUGAGCACUGUGUGAUUUACAUUGAGGGUGUCGCCGGAAACCUGAUGGUUCACAGUCUCCGUGGAUGCACCGUCUACGCUCAGCCGGUGGCCAGCUCCAUUCUGCUGCAGGAUUGCGUAAACUGUCACUUCGUGCUCGCCUGUCGGCAGCUGAGGGUGCAUCAGACGACUAACAGCCGUUUGGACAUCUUUGUCGCCAGUCCGCCCAUAAUCGAAGAUUCGACCAAUCUGCGACUGGCGCCCUACCCGCUGGGGGCUGCUCACUCUGACCGCUUUACCGCCGCCCUGCUGGCCGCCAAACUGGCCGACACCUCAAACCACUGGUGUUACGUGCAGGACUUUAGCUGUCCCACAUUAGUGCCUGCAGUAGGCACCUCGGACGCUGCGCCGGCUCCCAAUUCUCCCAACUGGAGUCUCGUACCAGAGGCGGAGUUUAUUCAGACGGACAUUCCCAGAUGCCCGGAAAGCUGA